GUUUGAUCGUCGUUGGCGAUACAACAAACAACCCAUUCAAUGAGAUGAACCAUACUCAGUUUAAAUACAUCGAUAUCAAGAUACGAUUGCAACAGUCGAGUAAAAUUUUCUUAGAUGUCUUGGAUAACUUGGAUUUAAACAGCUGUAAUGCCAAAGUCGACCCAAUUGAUAGCUUAGUCAUAGCAUAUAAGCAUAUCGAGAACCUAUACGCUAGUAAAAAGUCCUGGACAAAGAAUAUAAAUUUCAUAAUUGGCGAUGAUCUUACAACAGACAAUUAUGAAAUCAAUAAUCUAUCGAACCUUAUAAACCAAUUACAUAUUGGUUUAAAUUUUAUAAAAAUGAGCGAUCAUGAAAAUCUCUUCAUUGACCGUUUAUCUCCUUAUAUUGAGAACACAACUACCGACACACUCGACCAUCAGCUUGAUCAACUGAAGAAACCACAUCCUUCUUCCUCAAAAUCUGCAGCUCAAUCAUCUAGAUUCAACAUUUCGGACGAAAUUUCAAUUAAAGUUAAGUACCAGAAGGCGGUUGGUAAAGCCACGAAAUUACCUUUGAAGAGUUUACGAGCAGACAACAACUCCAAAGUAAGCACUUCGCAGGUUCAUAGAUUAGGCGACAGCAAAGUUGAUUCUCACAAUCUUAUAAGAGCCUAUCAUUAUGGUUCUAUAUUGGUGCCACGUCCUGAUGAAUCUGAAGGUGGAUUUGUUGAAUUCACAUCCGAAGCUGGUAUUGACUUCCUGUCAACAUUUCCGGCCUCUACUUUCAAACGAGACAUGGUGAUUGGCGAACCAUCUUUCAUCUAUGCUGAUCAAAGUGAUGGAUCAUCUGGUCUUGCACUUAGUUCAUUCAUCAACGCCUUAGAUAAGAAUGGACUGAUUGCGCUGGUGAGGUAUGCUCGAACGAAGGAUGAAAAACCAUAUCUCGGUCUUUGCUUACCCAUUAUCAAUGGCCAGACAGAGUACUUACAAUACCUCAGAAUACCAUUUGCAGAUCAAAUGCGCAACUAUUCAUUCCCUAGUCUUGAACGCGUAGUCACGAAAUCGGGUGAACCGCUUCAAAAUCAUAAAUAUCUCCCAACCGAUAAGAUGUGCUUAGCAAUGGAUAACUUCGUAAAUUCUAUGGAUCUUCAUGAUACGGACGAUAAGCGCACCUGGUUUGAUAUUAACACAUCUUACACACCUGCUCAUCAUCGCAUAUAUCAAGCUGUCAUCCAUGGUGCUUCUACAGGUUCGAUCAUUAAAGACGAGCUACAAGAUGCACACCCCGAACUCAAGAAAUAUCUCGAGCCACCUUCAUUCGCUCAGAAGAGAUCUAUUGACGCGCUUGAAAACUGCAAGAAUGAAUUUAAUUUAACAAAACCCACUCCGAAAGCUAAAUAUCACCGUCGUCAUAGUAAAGAGGAUGUACGGGAAGCUCAAGAAAUCAAUAUUGAUGAUUUGCUUGGUGGAAAACCCACUACGUCACCCAGACCAGUUGAUAAAACUAUCGAAGGGGAUGCCAAGAAAGGUACGGAUGGUGCAUUUACUCCCGAUCAGGUUUGGCAAACGUUGAAUAAUUUAGAUGAUCCAGAAGAGGUGUAUGAGAUAAUGAGUGCAAGUAUAAGAGAAACGCUUGGGAAGCACACUACAGAUAAUCACCAUCCAUUAAAGGUUGGCUUACAACAUUUAAGAGAUUUUGCAACGAAGAACAACAUCGCAGAGGAUUACAACGAACUGAUCCGCGAAGUGAAAGAAGACACGCAAUUCUGGUCAUUCUUGAGAGAAAACGAGGGCGAGAAACUUAGCUUAAUUACAUCAGGUGAAGACGAACACGGAACGAGUGAAGUAACCUCCAGUCAGUCUAGGAAUUUUAUGAGAGAAUAAAAAAAAAGUAAUGAC